AUGAACGUCAGUCUGUCAGCCUUCAGCAGCUUCCUACCUCUCAUUGUCAAAACAUUCGGGUAUACCACUUUCACCACACAACUUCUGACUGUCCCCGUAGCCGGCGCACUUGCCUUUCUUAUGGUCUUCGGACAAGCGUUCGCUGUCUUGGAGGUGGAAAUCUUCGGUGAUCCGCCCAACUACUAUCCAGGCAAAGGUUUCGCUUUGGCAGGUACCGCUGCAGCAGCUCUGGUCACUCCUCUCUUUCAAGUGUAUUUGAAGCGGAAAAAUGCUGAAAAAUUAUCGAAUCAGGAUACGGAAGAAGCAGCUGCCAAACGGGGUCUUGGGAUUGAGGAGAUUGGCGAUGAUCACCCGGAUUUUAUGUACUGGCUGUAG